UAUAAGCAAUUUCUUUUUAAUUUUUUAUACCAUAUAUAAAAAAGCAAAAUUUGAAUUUCAGUGACACUAUGAAAUUCUUCAUUCAUUGGUGUUUUCAAUUCACUUUGGUUAUCUGUUUUGCUUACCAAUACAAUUGUGAAAACUCCACGUACACGACAAUGUAUGAUGGUAUAGAUUUAGAUGAAAUCCUAACAAACGAUAGAUUGCUAGCAGGAUAUGUCAAUUGUCUACUAGAAAAAGGACCAUGUACUCCUGAUGGAAAAGAAUUAAAAAAUAAUCUACCAGAUGCGAUUGAAAAUGACUGUAGCAAAUGCACAGAAAGACAGCGUGAAGGCGCAGACAAAGUUAUGCAUUACAUUAUUGAUCACAAGCCGGAAGAGUGGGAAGAACUCGAAAAAAAAUACCACUCUGAUGGUUCAUACAAAUUAAAUUACUUACUAAGUAAACAAAAACUAAGCUUAGACUCACAAGAAAAUAAAAAUGUAAGUAAUGGUGACAAUGGCGAUGACGACGAUGAUGAUAAUGACAAAGAUCAUCAGGGAGGACAACAAUUAAAAUGAGCAUUAGAGAAUAAAUCUGUUUUAUUCAACCUAACAAUACAACGAACUGGACAAACUAUUUUGGAAAAAAAAAACAUGAUGAAUUUUAUUUAAGAAAGUCGCUAAUAAAUAUUUGGGGAGCAA